AUGAAGUCUAAUGCCGAGAUUCGGUCUGAGGAGGAGAUCGUCCAUGAAGUUGAGACCGUCCCAGGAACAGAGCUCCUCUUUGAUUCCGAUGGACCGUCGUCUCAGCUAUAUGGACAUCUGCAGCAUAUCGAGCGCAAAGGGCGACGGAUUUUGCUGGUCCCCCAGCCUUCUCGGACUGAUCCCAAUGAUCCUCUUUCAUGGUCUCGCAUGAAAAAGGGCAUUAUCUUUGCCAAUGCCUGUCUUUACAGCUUCCUGGGUGGAGUUACAGGUCCGAUUAUCGCAGCAGGUGUCCUCCAACUGACACAACAAUACAAUGCGUCCUUCCAAAAGGUCAAUAUUGCAGUAGCGGCAAACCUCAUUUGCACUGGAGUAGGCUGUUUCUACUGGAUGCCAUUCUUUGCCAAAUUCGGCCGCCGCCCUACGUAUCUCAUCACCACAGUCCUGAUGUGUGCAUGUCUCAUCUGGCAGGGCUUUGCCACCCGCGGGAGCUACACGUCCUUCCUAGUUGCUAGAGUCGUUAUGGGAUUGGGUCAAUCACCAAUCUACUCGAUUGCACCCACCACCAUCGCAGACAUUUAUUUCCUCCAUCACCAAGGAGCAAAGAUUGCAUUCUACGGAUUAUCCGUUCUCCUAGCCGCGCAGAUCGGUCCCAUGUUGUCCUCGUUCAUUAUCCAGAGUCUCGGUCCAGCAUGGUCCUUCUGGAUUCUAGCAAUGUGCUUGGGUGCAAAUAUGCUUACCCUCAUCUUUGCUAUGCCGGAGACUAUGUAUUACGGUGACCGCGCUGCGAUCGUACCAGCGGAGGCGAAAUCCGGCUCCGAGCAUGUUGAAGAUGUCGGCGCUGUGCACACCGUUGAAAAACGCUCUUACAUGAGUGAAUUGUCUCUGUGGCCCGGCGGUAAUCCGGACGUCGAUCUCCGCGCCAUUUUCUUCAGGCCGUUCUUGUACUGUCUUAACCCAAUCGUCAUCUGGGCGAGUCUGGUAUACGGUAUGUCGUUUAUCAGUCUCACGACACUGGCAGCCACAGCAGCGCAGAUUUUCGGCCUAGAACCAUACAAUUUUGACUCAAUCGACCAAGGCCUCGUCUUCCUAUCACCCUUCGUCGGCUCCUUAACCGCAACAUUCUUCUGCAGCUACGUCGUCGACAAGAUCGUCAAUUACUCCGCCCAACGAAACGGUGGCGUCCGCGAGCCCGAGAUGCGUCUUUUCUCUCUUCUCGUUGCCGCGGGUAUCACUGCCGUGGGAUCUGUUAUCGUUGCACUCUGUCUGCACUACCGUGUCCACUACAUGGGACCCAUUGUCGGAUUUGGAAUCAUCACCGUGAGCAACCAGAUCGGAGCAAAUAUGGGCAUGUCCUAUCCCCUGGAUUGUUAUCCCAAGCACUCGGCAGAGGUUAUGGUCAGCGUUACCUUCUUGCGCUCGGUUGUGACCUAUAUCUGGAACUGGUUCAUCAAUGACUGGCUUGAGGCAUGUGGUCCUUUGAUUGUGUUUUUGUCGAUGGGAGCUAUCCAGAUUGCUAUUCAGCUCUCUUGUCUGGGAUUCCUGAAAUGGGGAAAGAGACUCCGGGUUGCUUUGUUCAAGCGUCAUAUUCUUGGUGCCUGGGUGUUGGAGUAUUGUUCUCACGAAUCGUCCUUGGUGACAGGUGCCUCGGUAGUAUACGGUGGAUCACGGUAG